AUGAUCUCGAUCCUCAAUUUAAGUAAGAAUCAUAAAUCUCGUAAAAUUGACAAAUAUGCAAUCGAAUCCAGGAUCGUAGAUCUUUUGAUUCGAUCUUUUAACAACUCUGCAUUUAGAUAUGUUGUACGCCAAAUUAAUCCAUAUGCUUUAAGUUUUAAAACGUUAGGUGAAGUUGAGAAAGCUGAGUUAUCUCUUGCUAAACAUUCAAAUAUAUUAUUGCCCAAGAUUAAUAUGAUAUUUCGCGGAGAUAGUUCUAGCGAUCGUAGACGGUAUAAUUUACCAAUAGUUGAUGACGUAGCAAUGAUAUUUACAAAUGAUGAUGAGGAACCUCCUUUUAAGAUAGAUAUAAAAGUGUAUCCUAGAUCCAAUGGGAAUGAUUUAGUAAUUCUUAAUGUGUUAAGCCCUAAUUUAGACCCAAUGGUAUACAUUAUACUAUUUCCUCAUGGAGAUCCUGGUUGGGAGCCUAAAAUGAUUGCUGAAGGCUUUGAAAAUUCUGGGCGUUCAAAAAUAUCUAUGCUACAAUUUAAAAUUGCCUUUAGCGGUUAG